CCCUCUACGUUUGGUGAUUAAAAUAAGUAGCGCAAUGUUUUCACUCUGAUAUUUUGGGCUGACCAACACGUAGUAGAACAACAAAGUACACUGCUAAAAAUGAACCGACUGGGUGAGGUAGUUUUUCCCGUUAGUCGAGUUGUUGGAGAAGAUGACGAUUCUGAUGACGGCGAGACCAAAUGUAGGGCACGAGCUCCUGUGUUUAGAUGGAUUGAAAAACUUCUCAAUGGUGCUAGAAAGCUGGAGUGUGAAUGUCUUCUUAUUGCAAUUGGGCCUGUUGCAUCAGGUUUUAUAGAUAGUUUAUUUGGCUCUGAGGAGAGAGAGACUCUGUGUAGUAUAUCAUGUGAAAUAGAUGAUAAACAGACUAGGAAACAUGCAUCUGAGUCUAUCGUAUGGAGACGGAAGGGAAGAAAUUUGUUAGCCUUGUGUCAAUGCAGAGAUACUGUCUCAACCCAACAAACAUAUUCAUGGGUUCAUCAGCUAUUUUCUACAGCCAAGCCUUCUACAGUAAUGAUCCUAAGCAGUCAUAGAGUCGGAGAACUAAAAACUGAUUUGGAUCUACUUUCUAGAGGGGAUAGUUAUCCAUUAUUCUCCCUUCGAUCAUCAUCUCUUACAACCAGACCGUGUUGUCCAUAUCUAGAGCCUCCUAACACUGUAGGUGGACUAGGAGCAGAAGGUGUGUUUCUAUUGUUCUCCAUAGUUCUUACUUAUUGUGAAGUGAAGCGAUUACCAGGUGUUCUCUACGUCACAUUCAUAUCUGAUAGGGAGCCAUUAGCUCUUCUCAUAGCAUCCUUCAUGCCUCUAUUAUCAUGCUCUAUUCUUCAACCAUACAUAAAGGAUGUAUCUCAACAACUUGAAGCUGAGCAGAAGCAGUUGACGUCUUUUAUGAAAGACACCGUUCACUUUACACAUGAUGAUUGGUGCUGUACACUACACCAUUGCUACACAACAUGUACAUGUAUGUAAAAAUCUUCUGGCAUGAUCUAACAUGUGCAUCAAUGUGUUAUAUACUGCAUGCAAAUACUCCCUGAUUACUCACAGAAAAAUUUAUACAUGCGAAAGGGAGUGUAAUCAAUAAGUUAUGUAUAAUAAAUAAAAUCUUACUAUAAAUUGUUUCACAUUUCAAUAAAAAAAUGUGACUAGGAAGAAGCAAACAAAGAAAGGUCCCCCCCCCCCCCCCCCCCCUUCAACUGCAGGGGUUCUCCUGCUUCCAUUGUGAUAAGAGGGCCAUCUGAAGAGGUUAGAGCUGCACACUUUUCUUGCUUUCAUUGGAUAUAAUUUCUGUUUUCUGUAAAAAGUUCCUUAUUGACUACUGAUUAAAGGCAUGUACCAUCUGAUGUCAGUAGACAAUGCAGAAUGCGGGUAAUCCUAUUGUAUCUUUGAUAUUCCAUUGCUGUCAACCUUCAGGGUGUGUGUACAGGAUUAUGUUGACUCAUAACGUCAUUUAAAACUGGAAAUAUUUGCUUGAAAUCAUUGAUUUUGCUAGAUCAUUAAUUCUAUUGUUUGUGAUAUUAAAUUGUAUAAAUUAAGCCUCCUUCAAGUAUAAGCUGUAGAGGAGUUUCUACAAUUCAAGCUUAAAUUAAUGUAUUUGGGGAUUCCACUAUGCUUUGAGCUGGCAAUUGCUUGCAGUAAUACUUCUAAUUCAAUCCCCGGUUUGUUACACUACAUUGUACGAAAAUUAAAGAGAGCUAUGUUCUUUAUAGAUUUGUAACUUUGGCCUAAUGUAUGAAGUAAAAAUGUGUACUCUUGCGAGUUGACGUAACAUUCACUAACAUGUACUGUAAUAAGGUAAUGUUACUUCAGUAGACGCAUACUUUGUGUUUGAUUCAAAACUUCUGUCAUUUAAGAAUUACAGGGACAUUUGUACAUGUACUGCUCUCUUUAAACCAAUGUGGUACAUGUAGAUUGCAUUUCAUGUCCUGGAAAUGAGAAAAUUGCAGAAUUUCUGCUCAUAUUCAGAAGGUACUACUAAAGCUUAUCUAGAAAUCAUAUAUAAAAUAGAUUGCAUCAUCAUGAUUUCUAUCUGAUUACUAUCACAAGGGUAAAAUGAACAUUAAGGGGGCCCUGGGUCCCAUCUUACAAAGUGUUAUUAUUUAUCUGACUUACCUCAACUACAUGUAUAUCAAAAUCCAUCAUUGUCAUUUUUUUCUAAAUUUGCCCAAUAUCCUUUGUUAAAGCAGAGCACGCUAAAUUUUCAAGAGAGCGAUGGAUGUCUGAAUAUACAUCGUAUCUAGAAGAUAUUUUGAACAAACUUCUAUUUUGGAUGUUGCCGUUGCUGGCUGUCCAUAGUUGUAAUUGAUUGCAUCUGUCGCAACACUUCAAAGAUAGGGUCCUGAUCUUAACUUUUCAUGGGUUUUCUCCUUUUACUUUAUUUCACUGUGUGGUCUUGCUUUUUAAUUGUACAAAUUGAAAGGAUUAAUGUAGGAAAUGUCUUUAUAUUACUAUGAAACAAGUAUUAUUUUAUGAAAAAAAGUGCUGUGAAGAUAAUGGUUGCUGAGAUAUAAUUGUAUCAAUGGUUUGAUGCUGUACUGAAAUGAUUUCCAAACAAUAUUUGCGUUUUUUUCCCCAAACUUACAAUCUGAUUUUCUAUCCGCCAUUAUGAAAAUGUUUUGUAGAUUUUUCUAGGAGGUGCUGAAAUAGUUGGUAAACAAAUUCUAACUUGUUUGGUUGUAACAGUACUUUGAAUAGAAAAGUCGACUGUGUUUCCCUCUGUCACUAAUAAUUAAAGAAAUAUUAUAAUCAUUUAGAAAUUCAACUUUAUGCACAUAAACAUUCAUCUCAAAAUUUCUUGCUUUCUCCUAAUUUUCUUUGUAAUAUGUUAAGAUCUCGUUGUGAACAUGAAGAAAAUGUUCCUCUUGAUUGGAAAUUGAAUAUGUUAUAAACUCAUUCAAAAUCUUGAAAUUAAAGUCCAUGAAAUUACUGCUACUGUGCAAAUACAGUCAUAAAAAUGAAUUAUGAAUUGUAUUAGUGUAGUAAAGGGCAUGAAUCAACAGAGAAAAAAACACAUCUUGUUAUGUUUAUAAUUAAUUGUUGUUGCAAUUAUGUUUCUGAAUUGGGAAUUAAAUAGACUUUGCUUGAA